UGAUUGAUUUUCGUGCGUUUCGGCACAGGUUUUCAAGCGAUUUUCCUGGAAAAUAAUGACAUGGACGUUGUGACACACGAGAUACACUUUUGUCGUGAUCAGUCCAGGAUGUUCCUAUCAUCGAUCAAUUUGUUGUCUGUUCUGACUUCUGGCCAGUUCCAAGACUCGAAACACAUAAGGAGAGUGGCCUCGUGAAAGUCUCAUUCCAUUUGUUUAUUGAAAAUAUCAUUAUGGAAAGUAAUACGAAGAGUGACGAGUGCGAGAUACAAGGGCCUAGUACCGUGGCUAGAAAAGAGGAGAAUGCAACAUCUGAAAGUGUACCAAUUUGCACUGAUGCAAAGGUGUCCACAGACCCUAAAAACACUCAAGCUCGUGUUCUCAGGGGCACUAAAAAAAUGAAAUUAGAUUCUGGUGACACUAAUAAUCCAGAAAAAAAAGAUACCAAGGAGGAAGAAAAUAAUGGAGAAGUAAAAGUGAGGUCUUUAAAAAGAUCUUGUGAAUUAUGGUCUUUGGAAGACAAGAAUACCUUCUUCAAAGCUUUAAAUGAAUAUGGAAAAGACUUUGAUGCUCUUCAGAGUUAUUUCUUAUCUCAGGGGAAGAAGAAAGGUCUGCCAGACAUUAUGAUAAAAAAUAAAGAACAAAUUAGGCAUUUUUACUAUAGAACAUGGCUGAAAAUCUCAAAACACUUAAAAUUUUCAGAAGAUGUGAAGAAAACAUCUCAGGAAUUGUACGGCUUAAUUAAUUAUGGCGAACUUAGGAGAAAAUUACCUAGGAUACAUGAGAAAGUGCACUUGAAAUUAAAUGAACUUGUCUAUCUGGGUACAACACAAGUUAGGCUUAGAGGGAAAACUAUGAGAAUUAAGACUCCUAUAUGUAGAGCAUUAAGGAAAUUGAAUCAGUUAGAAGAUUGGCAAGAAGAAGUCAAGCUGCCGUCUCGAAUAACAAUUGAAUUAAGACCACGUAAUAAUAUAGCAUGGUGGCAGGUGCAGGCAUCAUCCAUGAACCCAAGAGUAAGGACUUUGUUACCUAUACAGAGACGAUUAUCCAGCUUAUUAAUAUUUUUACAACAAAGAUGGAGAUCUGCAAAAUACAAUACAUCCUCCAAUAUAGAGAUCCCUAUCGUGAAUGGAAUAAAAGACACCAGACUGUUGCGUGUGGCACCACCAGAAGGUUGCAAAGUUACCCUGCCAAUGGUGAAUCUUGGCGAAUAUCUUACCAGCAACAGUGUCAGUUUAGAUUCGUACGAAAAACGUCUAGGACUGAAAAGUUCUAGGACGAACUUGUUAGGAUCGAUGCAGUACUUGAAAGGUGUUGGGAAGAAAGGGAUCAAGAAGAACAAGAUGGACAAAAAAUGUGCCAAUCAAUCGGAAGACAAUUGCAUAUUGCCAGACAACAACAGCGACGUGGAUGUGAUAGAGUCUGGUAGUAAUGUUUCAGAGAAAUUGUCGAUAAUUAAUAUUGUAGAAAAGCCGUCCGUGGAACAACAGCAAACUGAACCGAACAGAUUCCCUGGAAGGGAAACAAUUGAGAGGAUUCGAAAAGGCUGGAACAUUGAAGAAGCAAACACUAUCACUGUAGGAGACCUCUUUCUAAUGUUUGGUCGUGAGUCGAAAGUUAGUGUCGAAUAUUGGUGGGACUGGCAUCCAGGAGAACAACAGGCUGGAGAACCUGCGUCCGUUACUCCACGGGAUGACAGUUUGUGCCUGACUUUGCAAAAGUUAUUGUCGAUAGCAAAGCACAGUUAUGGGACAAGCAAAGUGUAUGAAAAUACCUCGGGAAGCAAUGAAACAGUAAUUUCAUCCCGUAUGCUUUCAACAAAAGAGUCGACCUUCAGGAGACCACUGGUUCCACAAACUUAUCAUAAAAUCAGUACACCCGACGCUUUUAAAACACAAUUAGAUAAGUUCAAAAUGCGCUUCUGUAAGAGAGGAAGAACUGUAAGACAAAAGAAUCUCGUUGUACAAAGGGUGUUACCAAUAAUAUCUGCGUCAAGUAAUUCAGCAGAAGACAUAACACCUCAGGAGACAAGCAAAGUAGAUGAUUCGCCUUUAAAUAACACCGAGGAGCAAAGCGAUAAACCGCCGUCGAUACACAUAAAUGGGACGCCAGAGAAAAACUUUUUGGAUGAACUCGAAGUGGCGAGAGAUUUAAAACCGACGAAUUCGAUCAUAACUAGCGCUACACAGAUUCUUAAAGAAGGAGAGCACCAAUGGUUGAAUAGCGAAGUAGCCGAUUUUUCGUUAAGCAGUUUUCUGGGACAGCUUGAAUCUCCCAUAAAACUUUCACAAAGAAGCCAAAAUGGUGAUCAUAUGGAAGACAUUCGGCCAUCAUCAGAUGUUGUCUCACAUAUGCAGUGCCUCAUGGGAGAAAGUAGCGUGGAUUAUAUGGCAAAAUUUGCGAAUCUCGCAUCGCAAAUGGCCUCUGAUGACAGUAAAAAAUAA